AUGCAAAAGUUAAAAAAUUUUUAUCCGGAUUCGGAGUCGGAUUUUUUUGAGGGAUGGAGAGAAUACUGCGAAGAGCUGUACUCAGAUAAAACGACAGCAAAGAUUAAUGAAAAGUUAGUAGACUAUCCAAUUUAUAACGAGCCUCCAUCACUGAAGUCUGAAAUUGGCUCGGGCGUGGCAUGGCGUAAAGCCGCAGAUUCGGACGAUGUGUCUGCAGAAUUAUUCAAAGCUGGAGAUGACAUAAUACUUUUGACCACUAAAAAAGAAUUACAGAACUUGGUCAACAGAGUAGAAACAGCCCACACCAAAUACAGCCUAAUAAUUAAUGAUGAUAAAACUAAAGUGAUUCACAUAAACGGAAUCAAAUUGAAAAUUAGAACCAAUGGAGUUUGGUUGAAAUCAGUGCUGGGCAUUACGGACAAAGCUAAAUGCACCAAAGAUAUCAGAGGAAGGAUUGGCAAAGCACAAGGGGUUUGCAUGCUACACACGUUGGUAUGA